GACGAAAGGGACGUGAAUCAGGUGUUCUUGGAUGAGCCGGAAGGUGAUUUCUGCUAAAAGAAAAUGUCUCAAAUGGAUUGCAUGCGAAACUUAAUUUCAGCUUUUGUUCUUGAAGACUCGUGCACGUACGCUUUUAUUAGUUUUGAAGCUAUUGUUCAAAAAUAAAAAUUGCUGCUAAUUUUCAGGUCUGUUAUUUGCCUUCCAUUGCUUCAUUAAUUAUGAUAUAAUCACCAUAUAAGCAUUUCUGUUUGUUUUUCUGCAUGUGUUUGGGGACUUAUUUUUAACAAUGGAAAAUUUACCUGAUAAUUUAGAGUCAACUGUGUCUCAAAUUUCCAUCAUGACUGAACCUGUAAGUCGGGAAGGCAUGUCUGUGAUACCUGGAGGCCAGAAAGGACGUGUUAUAGGUGUUUUUACAAGUGGAGGAGAUUCUCAGGGUAUGAAUGCAGCUGUCCGGGCUGUUGUGAGGAUGGGUCUUUAUCUAGGUUGCCGUGUGUUUUUUAUAAAAGAAGGCUACCAAGGUAUGGUUGAUGGAGGUGAUCAUAUAAUAGAGGCAACAUGGGCUAGUGUUUCAGGCAUCAUUCAUAAAGGUGGUACUGUAAUAGGGAGUGCCAGAUGUCAAGAUUUUAGGGGACGAGAAGGACGUCUAAAAGCUGCUCUAAAUCUUGUCAAAAAUGGUAUCACUAAUCUUGUGGUGAUUGGUGGUGAUGGCAGUUUAACCGGAGCUAAUCAGUUUCGUCAAGAUUGGUCGUCACUCUUGGAUGAACUUGUAACCAAGGGUCAAAUUACGGCAGAGAAAAAAGCACAAUGUAGUCAUCUGAACAUUGUGGGAAUGGUUGGCUCAAUCGAUAAUGAUUUCUGUGGAACUGACAUGACUAUUGGAACAGAUUCAGCUUUGCAUAGGAUUAUGGAAGCUAUUGAUGCUAUUGUUACAACUGCUUCCAGCCAUCAACGUACUUUCAUUUUAGAAGUCAUGGGACGGCAUUGUGGAUAUUUAGCUCUUGUUGGUGCACUUGCUAGUGAGGCAGAUUUUGUUUUCAUUCCUGAAUGGCCUCCAGAGGCUAACUGGCCAGAAACUAUGUGUGAAAAGUUAAAAAUGGAGCGUGAUUCUGGGCAACGUUUAAACAUCAUUCUUGUUGCUGAAGGUGCUAUGGAUAGGGAAGGCAGGGCAAUUACUGCAGAUUUGGUGAAAAAAAUUAUUGUGGAUAAUCUUCAACAAGACACAAGGGUUACAGUGCUAGGUCAUGUACAGAGAGGAGGCAGUCCAUCUGCUUUUGAUCGAAUUUUAGGCUCAAGAAUGGGAGCUGAAGCUGUUCUUGCUUUAUUAGAAGCUACUCCUGAUUCAGAAGCUGUUGUUGUAUCACUAGAUGGAAAUCAAUCUGUACGAGUCCCACUAAUGGAAUGUGUAAUGAAGACUAAAUCCGUAGCUGAAGCCAUGGCCAAUAAGAAAUGGGAAGAAGCGGUCAAUCUAAGAGGAAGGAGCUUUGCAAGCAACUUAAUAACAUAUAAAAUGCUGACAAGAUUGAAACCACCCGAGGAUGCAGUUGAUGCUGAAGGUCAUGCAUUAGGAAAAUUUAGAUUUGCAGUCAUGCAUGUUGGAGCUCCUUGUUGUGGUAUGAAUGCAAUAGUCAGAUCCUUUGUCAGAGCAUGCAUGUUUAGAGGUGAUACUGUGCUUGGAAUUCACGAAGGAUUUGAUGGAUUAAUCAGUGGAAAUGUCCAAGAAAUGCAUUGGUCUGAAGUAGCUGGUUGGGUAGGACAAGGAGGUGCAUUUUUGGGAACUAAGAGAACACUACCAGAUGCUAUUAUGGAUAAAGUUGUAGAAAAAAUAAAACACUAUAAGAUCCAAGGUCUUUUAGUUGCUGGAGGAUUUGAGGCUUUUCAUUCUGUUCUUCAAAUGGCAGAUCAGCGAUCUAAAUAUCCUGAAUUAUGUAUUCCAAUGAUUGUAAUUCCAGCAACUAUUAGUAACAAUGUUCCUGGAACAGACUUUUCACUUGGCUCUGAUACUGCCCUUAAUGAAAUUACUGAGAUCUGUGAUCGUAUUAGACAGAGUGCACAGGGUACAAAGAGAAGAGUCUUUGUCGUUGAAACGAUGGGAGGUUAUUGUGGUUACUUGGCCACAUUAGCUGGUCUUGCAGGAGGUGCAGAUGCUGCAUACAUUUUUGAAGAACAUUUUUCUAUUAAAGACUUGAUUGGAGAUGUGUUUCAUAUGCAGGCAAAAAUGGCCGAGGGAAUUCAGAGAGGCUUAAUUCUUAGGAAUGAAAUGGCUAAUGAUAAUUAUACAACUGAAUUUAUUUAUCGUUUGUAUUCUGAAGAAGGCAAAGAUAUAUUUAGCACAAGAAUGAAUAUUUUAGGACAUAUGCAACAGGGUGGCUGCCCUUCACCAUUUGAUCGAAACUUUGGAACUAAGCUGGCUGCAAAGGCUGCAGAUUGGCUUAUAAAGCAAGUAGAAACAAAUGUGCAGCCAGAUAAUUCAGUAGUAUGUAGCAAUCCAGAAAGUGCAGUUUUGCUUGGUUUAAUUAAAAGACAGUAUAAUUUUUCACCAGUGCAGAAUUUAAGGCAAGAAACAGAUUUCAAGUGUCGUAUUCCCAAACAUCAGUGGUGGCUACAUUUAAGAGCUUUGUUACGUGCUCUAGGAACCCCUGUGAGUUAUCUUGUCAAAUCUGGCAUCACCCCAUCAUUGGCAGAUGUUGAGAAGCCAAUCGUAGAGCAUGUUGAUGAGGUUGCAGCUAACCAAUAAACUGUGUUCACGUUGGGAUUCUUAAUCCUUGUUUUUUUUCUACAUACUCAUGUGUCUAAUAUAAUUGCUAAAUGUUGUGUAUGGUUUUAAUCAUCUGCAGUUAGUUUAUUUGCAAAUACUUCAUGUUAUUACUUUCAACAAAUGUCUAAUUUUCUAAUUAAUAUUUGUAAGAUUGUAACUGUAUUUUUCAUCUCUGUUUUUUAAUUCUUUUCAAAACAGAGCAUGAUUUAAAAAAAUUUCAUUAUGAUUUUUGUUGAUGAUUAGCGAUUGUUGAGAAAUAUUCCACCUUUUAAUUUUUUUGUUUGUUUGUUUAUGUUAUAAGCAUAAAAGUAUUUUUGACAGUAUUAUGGACUUAACAAUGUAAGAUUGUUGAAAUUUGUUGUCAAAGUUCCUCCUUUAUUUUUUCUAUUUUAAUCCUGUGGAUUGUUAAAUUUAUUAUCCCAUUAUUUGCCUAUGUAUUAUUACAUACAAGUAAUUUCCAUAAAUUCUUUAAAUAAAAUGCAGAAUUAACUAUAUGUAAUAGUUUUACUGUGCAACUCCAAGUUUCAUUCAAUAUUAUAAUUAUAUUAUUUGCUUUUAAAAUUAUUGCACUUGUAUAAAAAUUACCAGUUUGAUAGAAGCCAAACAAAAUUGAUUCUGUGAUAAAUUUAAAGCAAUGAAUGUUGCUUCAAAUAUAUCAAACAAAUGAUUUUUAUUUUACCUGUUUGCCUUCUGGGUAUUCAGAUGUUUAGAAUGUGGAACUUGUAUACAUGUAGUCACAUUUUUGUAAAUUUUACAUGAAAAAUAUUAUUCAGUAUUUACAUCUGUUGUUAUAAGUAUAUUGUCAAUAGUGUCAAUAGUGAGAGUUGUCUGUCCUCUGUACAAACUGUGAUAAUAAUGUUUAAAGUACAUGAUCACUUGUAUUAAAUGAAGAUGAAAUCUCACUUGCUCACUUUAAAGAGAGUUCAUCACACCCUGUCCUUCUGUGAUCCUUUUUUCUUUUUCUAGAGCUCUUUUUUUCCCCCCUCUCUUGACUGCAGCUUGCUUUUGAAAUAACAUUUUGCUUAAAUUCUUGAAACAAAAUAUAUUUACUAGGAUAGGAAAUUAACAAAUGUUGCUUGUAUAUAUGUUUAUAAAUAUAUGUGGCAAAAGUGUGAAAUAUAUAUUUCUUUCUUUAUGAAGUAAUGGCAAA